CCAGCUUUCGUGAUCGAGUAUCCUGUCACUUUUCGUUACGUGUGCCAAGGAAAAGUUGUACUGUGUCCUUACGUGUGAAUUGUUAAAAAUUAAACCAAAUAUCGUUUCUUUUACUUCGUGGUUACACUAAUUUUAAGUAGAGAAUAACUUUGGUUCUUAAAACACUGUUUUAUGACACUUGGGGUCAGUAUGGAAGGGAAUCUUCAUAUUGAACUUUCUAACCUGACUUGGCUGAUAGAGCAACAUAAAAAAAUGAGGAUCAAUGAUACUUCACUUGCCAAGCGGGAGGAUACAAAAUUCUCAUAUCAACCUCACCCUGCGUGUGCAAUGGAAAGACAUAACCAUAGCAAAUAUAGUUACAUCAAGCAGUCGUUGCCGUCAGGAAGAGUUCAUGUGAAUCCUAACUUCAAACCAAAAUUACCUGGGAUUCAUAUUAAUCCUAGAAUGGGAGCAAAGCCAUUAGUUCACGUUAAUCCAAACAUGAUUAGAAACUUUGCUACACAAAGUUUUGAUGAGACGUCUUGUGGCCGUGUAGUUGUUCGACAAAAUUCAGUUUAUGAAUCCAAAGUGAAAUCCUCUGUUCACGUCAAUCCAAGAUUAAUGAAAGAACUUUCAGCUGUUAAAGAGAAACCAGGAAAUUCAGCAAAUCGGAUGCAGAAAUCCAAUUUAGAUUUGAAGACGCCUGAAGGCGAUAUUAAUUUUAUAGAUCAAUCAAAAACGAAACUAGUUAAAAUUAAUCCUACGCUAAAUCUGGGAGCAAAGAGAUUAAGCAAUUCCAAUUUAGUAUUACUGUCGCGAAGAAAACUUGUGAGAGUAAAAAGAUGUAGUAAAUCGGGACCUGCGAUUUCACCCUUAAAUCCAGGGAAAGCCAGAAGGCUGUCUAACUCUAAUUUGAGGAAAACUAUGUUCGCCACUAAAUACAAACUAGUCAUUGAACGUGUGAAUUUAAAUGGUACCUCAAGUGCAGUUCCACGAAAUCUCAAAGGUCGUCAAGCUGGGUUGAAUAAAUACAAAAUCGAUCGCACUCAUCUUCAAAAAGUCAGGAGGAGAUUGUCUAUUGGUAAAAGUAGCACGAAACUUGCCAAUAAGAAGGCAUCAGGUUCUAUGACUGGUUUAGUGCGGAUUGGUGGAAUAUUAUACAAAUCUUCAAGAAACCAACUGGUUCGCAGCCUUAAUGAUCCACAACCAUCAAAGAGAAAACGUUGUGUAAUAAACGUUAAAGGUGAUCGAUUUGUAAUGGCUAGCAAUGGUAAGAAACUCCGUAGGUUGUGCACGUCUGCGAAUAACUCUGGAAAUUUAAAGUGCCCCAAUCCAGUAUCCCGAGUCGAUAUUGGCGGUAUGACUUUUGUAGAAAGAGCACCCAAUGUUUUAGUGAGAGCACACACUAAACGCAGCAUUAGUACCAAAGUGAAGCAGCGGAGUAUACAAAUCUUGCGAAAUAAGAUGCGUAAAAAUAAUCAGCCCUGUUUGAUAUUCCAAAAGUUUGGGUAUUGUGCCGGUCAGGUGAAGAGUACCUGUCCUAGACUGCACGACAAGAAACAAGUUGCACUUUGUAGAAAUUUUCUGCAGGGGAAAUGCUUGCUAGAUAACUGUCAGAUGUCGCACGCCGUCUGCCCUGAAAAGAUGCCUACUUGUAAAUAUUUUCUGGAGGGUUGCUGCAAUCGUGAUCAAUGCCCUUAUCUUCACGUUAAGGUUUCGCCCAACACGCCAAUAUGUACACAGUUUCUGCGAGGGUACUGCGUCGAAGCCAACAAGUGUAAACAGCGCCACGUGUACGUAUGUCCGGAGUUUGAGAGGUCGGGAAUCUGUGCGAAAGGUAAGUAUUGUCCUUACCCUCACAAGUCCAGUUCAACCGAAUGUAAACAAUUGAACAAGUCUUUCCAAAGAAAAGUAGUUACCAGAAAAAAAAUAAGCAAAUCUGAAUCAACUGGCGUAAAUUUCUUGUGUACUGAAGAUAGAAAACGAUAUUAUGAUGAAGCAGGUAGCUCAAGAGGGGAUAUAGAAAAAAAAAGGAAAAAAAUUCUUAAUAGUGUUCAAAUUAUGAAGAGUGUCAAAAUUGCUGAAAUGCCAGGCAAUAAUGAAGGACUACACAAAGCUAAUGAUAGUAAUGAAGUGACCAUCAAUGAAAACAACGAUGAUUGUAUUGAAGUAGAUAGUUGCCCUAAAAGAAUUCCCCUUGGUCCGCUACCUGCUUAUAUCCCGAUUGAUUAGUUAAUUGCCAAUUUUUGUCUACCAAUGUUUACCUCUGAUGAUACUGUCUGGGGGAAGUUUUCAUCAAAUCAAUUGUCAAAAUUUUGUAUCAGUUAAUGAUAAUCUCAUUAAUUAUAAGGGAUUGUAUGCCAGAAUCAAUCAUCAGUGAUCUUGGAAUUUUUUCCAAAGAGUAGUCUAAUUAUUUUCCACUGCGUUGACGAACAUGUUACUUUGUAAAUGAUAUAAUGAAUUUAAUUGUUAAUGAAAUUUUAUUGAUGUUUUGAUAUAACACGUAGCUUGUCCUCCCAGAGAGUAACUGCUCAAUCUGUGAUAUUUGAAAAUUGAAUAUAACGAAUGUAAUAGCGGUAAAUAGCCUAUACGUUCAAAAUUAUGUAAUUAUUGUUGCAAAGCAAUAUAUUUUCUAAUUUGUAAUUUAUGUAUAAAUAAGUACACAAUAAAGAUAUUUGGCAAUAAA